UUCAAGAUGAAUGCCCCUGACCGGUAAGGAAAGCAGUGCUUUGACUAUUCUUUUUAUUCUUAGUUCUAUUAUUGCUGUUACUAUUAUCAUCAUUCUUCUUGCUGCUUGCAAAACCCAUAUAAAGUAUGAUUUAUCGACUGUUUUCCAUGGAAUCUUUAUUUCUCAAUAUAGAUAAGGCAACAAUGAGUUCCUGGUCGCUGAAAAAGGAAGGAGAGGGUUCAAUCCACCAGUUGUCAUUGGCCGUUCCAUGAGGGCUUGAAUCAUUCGUGGUAGUAGAUCUAGGGCAUCUGCUUCAUUAACGCAUGUGUUUGAUCUACUUGUGUUCAUUGCUAUUCGUCUCUCAUUCACCUCUUUCCGGGGGGCUUUCUGCCUGUUCCCUUCUCACCCCCAUUCUACCCCUCUAUUCUCCCCGAGACCAUGAGUUCCAGCAAAGAAUAUAUUCUCUCCAAGGAGAUGGCCUACGCACGUUGGAUAAAUGCGAACGGCAGUUCUCCACGUAACGGCUGCCAAUCUACUGUCAAAGUUUCACAUGACCAGCAACCCAGUUAUGAAUCAUUCGUCCUUGCGAAUGGCGAGAACAAGGUUGAGAUGGAGAUUGAUACACGUAUCCCAUCCUCUGCCAUCUUCACUUUCAAUAAGGAAGAUCAUACUCUUGGAAACCUAAUUCGCUCCCGCCUUCUCCAAAGCUCCCACGUGCUCUUUGCUGCGUACAAGGUUCCUCAUCCGCUUGUGCCAAAGUUCGAACUCCGUGUACAGACCGACGGUGAGAUUACCCCCAAGGAAGCCGUCAUUUCUGCGUGCCACGAACUCGUUCGAGACCUGGGAAUCUUGUCACGCGAAUUCACUAAGGAAUAUGAACUCCGCAAGAUGGUGGGAGCCACUCAGCAGCAACAGGAUAGUGUACAAGAUGGAGCCUAGGUGAUUGCCGAAACUAAAGCGAGCUGGUUGAAACCUUUGCUUCGAAUUUACGCAGCUGGUUAUGCGUGUGCUCGGUUAUGUCUAUUCUCUUUUGCUGUCUUCUUUUUAAUUUUAUUUCACUUCCUGUGUGUUUGUUUCUUGGCACCUAUAAUCAACGAAGCUAGCUCUUGGCAUAUUCCUGGGGAUUUGUAUAUUAUCUACGAUAGUGAUAUGGUAUGCGAGUUGUGGUUUUCGCCAGCGAUAAUUGAUCCAGCAUACCGCGAGGACUGUUGUGUUUGCUCGAUACUCUAUUGCAUGAUCGGCAGAGUAAAA